AUGGCAGUCAAAUGGACUGGUGGACAUUCGUCCUCUAUAUUGUGCUUGAACGUAAACACGGAAGGGCUGGUGGCUUCAGGCGCGGAGAGAGGCGAGCUCACACUCUGGGAUGGAGGAGGCACUCCGGCAGGACAGCUCCAGCUCCCGAAGGCAGACGACGUGACCUCCGUGGUAUUCUCUCCCCGCUGUCCCAACAGGCUGUACACCUCCCACGGAGAAACUAUCAGUUUGCUGGAUGUUCGAUCCCUCACAGAGCCCGUUGAACGCUUCCACGUGAAUGAGGAGGAGAUCAACUGCCUCUCGGUGAACGAGACCGACAGUUUCUUGGCUGCGGCAGAUGACUCAGGGGCAAUAAAGGUUAUGGACUUGGAAAACAAGAAAGUCAGCCGGUCCCUGAGACACUCAAACAUCUGCUCCUCUGUUGUCUUUCGACCUCAGAGGCCUCAAAGCCUUGUUUCCUGUGGACUGGACAUGCAGGUUAUGCUGUGGAACCUGCAGAAAGCUCGCCCUCUGUGGACCACAAACCUGCAGGAGUGUGAAACGGAGGAAGACAGUCCGCAGUCAGCUGGCCAGUUCUUUAACCCGCCGCUUGCACAUUCCCUGUCUGUCGCAUCAUGCGGCAACAUCUUUGGCUGCGGAGCUCAAGACGGUAAAGUCAGAAUAUUCAGAGUCACCGGUGUCAAGUUUGAACGUGAGCUGGAGUUUCAGGGUCACAGCUUGGGAGUGUCCCAGGUCCUCUUUAUGCCAGAAGCAUACUGGUUGUUGACUGGAGGAAAUGACGGGAAAGUCUUGCUUUGGGAUGUCAGCAGUGACGUUGGAAAGCAGCAGAAAAGUCCAGCAAAAUCUCUCCAGAGAAGGAAGGCCCAAGCACCUGCUUCCACCAGAAAAGAUGGAAAGCUCAACAAAGUGGCUUCAAAUGAACACGCUAGAGUUUUACCAAAGCUAACCAUUGAGCAUGGAGAGAAGGUGAACUGGAUCGCAUGUGCAGAGAUCAAAGGCUCCAAGAGAGUAUUAGUUGCUGAUCAGAGUAGUUCUGUAUCUGUGUAUCCAUUGCCAGAACUUUAG